GUACAUAGAGCCGGUUUAGUGUCGUCAAUGGGAAGCACACGAGACGGUGGCAAAGCGAGUUACGGUCUAGAUUGAAAUCCGCGGCUGCACCAUGCUCUCCAGGUCUAUCCCGUGUCUGUGGAUUACAUUUUGCCUUCAUUUAUGCUGUUAUGUAGACAGCGGAGAAACACAGAAUGCGAAGGAAGUGAUUCUGCUGGACUCCAAGGCACAACAGACAGAACUGGAGUGGAUCUCCUAUCCUCCCAAUGGGUGGGAAGAGAUCAGCGGCUUGGAUGAGAACUACACACCCAUUCGCACAUACCAGGUUUGCCAAGUCAUGGAGCCCAAUCAGAAUAACUGGCUUCGGACUAACUGGAUAGAGAAGGGCAAUGCCCAGAGAAUUUUUGUGGAACUGAAGUUCACCUUGAGGGAUUGUAACAGCCUACCUGGUGUGGUGGGCACAUGCAAGGAGACAUUCAACUUGUAUUACCAGGAAACAGAUUCUGAGGUGGGCAGGAGCUUGCGGGAGAACCAGUACGUUAAAAUUGACACGAUUGCUGCAGAUGAAAGCUUCACGCAGGGAGACCUGGGAGAGAGGAAGAUGAAGCUGAAUACAGAAGUGCGCAUAAUUGGCCCCCUGUCCAGACGCGGCUUCUACCUGGCCUUCCAGGAUGUAGGGGCGUGUAUCGCCCUGGUCUCUGUCAAAGUUUAUUACAAGAAGUGUUGGUCUAUAAUCGAGAACCUGGCCACGUUCCCAGACACUGUUACUGGAUCGGAGUUCUCCUCACUGGUGGAGGUCGAGGGCAUGUGCGUGAGCGACGCCGAGGAGGAGGCCGACAACUCUCCCAAGAUGCACUGCAGCGCUGAAGGGGAAUGGCUCGUGCCCAUUGGGAAAUGUAUAUGCAAAGCUGGAUUUCAUCAGAAAGGAGACGCAUGUGAACCUUGUAGUCGUGGUUUCUACAAGUCUUCCUCCCAGGAACUUCAGUGCUCUCGUUGUCCAGCUCACAGCUUCAACGACCGCGAGGGCUCCUGGCGCUGCGACUGCGAGGACGGCUACUACCGAGCACUCUCUGACCCUCCGUCUGUGGCCUGCACAAGACCUCCCUCCGCGCCACAGAACCUGGUCUACAACAUCAACCAGACCACCGUCAGCCUGGAGUGGAGCCCGCCGGCUGACACAGGUGGCCGUAACGACGUCACCUACAGGGUUAUAUGCCGGCGAUGCAGCUGGGAACCGGAGGAGUGUGUUCCAUGUGGGCAGAAUGUGGGAUACUCUCCCGCACAGUCAGGAUUAGUGGACACUUAUGUGACCAUCGUGGACCUGCUCGCCCAUGCCAACUACACUUUUGAAGUAGAGGCUGUCAAUGGGGUGUCAGACCUGAGCCGCACGCAAAGGCUAUUUGCCGCAGUCAGCAUCGCUACUGGUCAAGCAGCUCCAUCCCAGGUCAGCGAGGUCAUCAAGGAGAAAGUGCAGCAGCGCAGCAUCCAGCUGUCCUGGCAGGAGCCCCAGCAACCCAACGGCGUCAUUACAGAAUAUGAAAUCAAAUACUAUGAAAAGGAUCAAAAGGACCGAGUUUAUUCCACGGUACGGUCAAAGUCCACAUCAGCCACAGUGAACAACCUGAAGCCCAGCACAGCCUACGUGUUCCAGAUCAGGGCCUUCACAGAGGCAGGAUUCGGUACCUAUGGCCCCAGACUGGAGAUAACCACCAAGGAAGAAGCCACAGCUGCGAUUGUCUCCAGCGAGCAGAACCCCGUCAUCAUCAUAGCGGUGGUGGCCGUGGCAGGGACCAUCAUCCUGGUGUUCAUGGUGUUCGGCUUCAUCAUCGGGAGAAGGUACGCUCUCGCGGGCCCCAUUGACUCUCCGCUCCUACACUGCGGGUAUAGCAAAGCUGAUCAGGAGGGAGACGAGGAGCUCUACUUCCAGUUCAAAUUUCCAGGCACCAAAACCUACAUUGACCCUGAAACCUACGAGGACCCAAACAGGGCUGUCCAUCAAUUUGCCAAGGAGCUGGACGCGUCCUGCAUUAAAAUUGAGCGGGUUAUUGGAGCAGGAGAGUUUGGGGAGGUGUGCAGCGGCCGGCUAAAGCUGCCUGGAAAACGGGAUGUGUCGGUCGCAAUAAAGACAUUAAAAGUGGGCUACACGGAGAAACAAAGGCGGGACUUCCUGUGCGAGGCCAGCAUUAUGGGACAGUUUGACCAUCCUAAUGUGGUCCAUCUGGAGGGAGUCGUGACGAGAGGAAAACCAGUGAUGAUUGUCAUCGAGUACAUGGAGAACGGCUCAUUAGAUGGUUUCCUCAGGAAACACGAUGGUCAGUUCACAGUCAUCCAGUUGGUGGGAAUGCUGCGGGGCAUAGCAGCAGGAAUGAGAUAUCUCUCUGAUAUGGGAUACGUCCAUCGAGAUCUAGCCGCACGAAACAUCCUUGUCAACAGCAAUCUUGUAUGUAAAGUGUCUGACUUCGGCCUGUCAAGGGUGAUAGACGACGAUCCCGAGGCUGUCUACACAACAACUGGCGGCAAAAUACCUGUCCGAUGGACUGCGCCAGAAGCCAUACAGUAUCGUAAAUUCACCUCUGCAAGUGACGUGUGGAGUUAUGGCAUUGUCAUGUGGGAGGUCAUGUCCUAUGGAGAACGGCCCUACUGGGAUAUGUCCAAUCAAGAUGUCAUAAAGGCUAUAGAGGAGGGCUACCGUCUUCCAGCACCAAUGGACUGUCCACCUGGCCUGCAUCAGCUAAUGCUGGACUGCUGGCAGAAAGACAGAGCCGAACGUCCCAAAUUCGAUCAGAUAGUCGGCAUCCUUGACAAGAUGAUCCGCAACCCUAACACAUUGAAAACCCCAGUGGGAACAUGUACAAGACCAAUUAGUCCACUGUUAGAUCAGAGCACACCAGACUUCACCGCUUUCCGCUCAGUGGGAGAGUGGCUGGAAGCCAUCAAGAUGGAGCGAUACAGAGACAACUUCACAGCAGCUGGCUACAGUUCCCUGGAAUCUGUGGCCAGGAUGUCAAUCGAGGACGUGAUGAGCUUGGGGAUCACACUGGUGGGCCAUCAGAAAAAGAUCAUGAGCAGCAUACAGACUAUGAGAGCCCAGAUGCUGCAUCUCCACGGCACCGGUGUCCAGGUGUGACGAACUGUGACAGGCCACAUUGGACAGGGCAAAAACAAAAACAGAACUUAUCUGGAGCAGUGCCUGGGACAUAACCGGGAUAAUCGUCAAAGUAAACGGACGUCUGUUAUGUCUGACUCUUCCGGCAGUGUCUGGAGUGAAAUCAUUCCUUUGUUCCUCAGUGAAGGAUUGUGGUCCGUCUCUUCAAAGGGCACUAAAGAGAGGAAAAGGGCAAAAAAAAGAACAGCAACAAAAAAAGAAACUACCUGGACGAGAUUUUUUCUUUUGUAUUACUUUUUUAGAAGCGCUUAUAAACUCAAUCACAUAUCAAAUGGCGCAUCGGAAAGAAGUUUGACGCCUCUGUUUCUUUAACUAAAUGAAUGAUUUCAAUGCUAAUGGCUGUAGCUUUCCUUUAAACAACAACAAUGAAAAGCAACUUGUCUAGCUGCGGUGGUUUCACUUGUUCCUUUUUUUUCUUAUUUGUUCACUUUCUUUCUGUAUGCCACAGUGACAUGGUGUGGCCCAUGCAGCAGUCUUAUUUUCUUCUACUUGGACUUGACAACAGGGUAAACUCUCUUUUAUCCAAACACAGAGGGAACUUUUUAGGUGCAGAUUCAAAGGUACAUUUUGUGCUGACCCAUGCUGGACUGUUUGAACUGUUUGCAGUGACUUGUGUUUUCCUUCUUGUGCUGUUGAAGUGAAAAUGGUAUCCUCACAUGCUUGUUUUCAGCCUACAGGAGUGGAUUUUUGACGUGGUUUCAAACUUUUUUUUUAUUAAGGAAUUUUCUGAAAAGUGCAACACUGAAGAGACGCAAGAGGUCAAUUGUUCUUCGAAUCAACAGACUUUAUAUCAGAGUAGCAAUAUCCUUUGUCUUAGUGUUAACUACAGGAAACUCAGAACAAUAAGUUGGUUAUUGAGUAAAAUGUUGCAGCACUGUUGGAAGAUUUGCUACCGCAAAUUGUUUUGCCAUCACUUUGCUAAAAUGUUGCACACAGUGUUUGUUUUGGUACAUUGUUCUGCUGCAAAUACAAUUUUGAAGGUGGAACCAAGAACGGUGUAGACUAAAUACUGCCUUAAAAUGUGUUAGAGUAAGUAUUGCCACUAUUUGAGGCACUUCAAUGGCAAUGCUUGGGCUGGAUAAGCUCCUUUUUUUUUCCUUGUAGUGUGAUGUCUUUUUAUCUGGAACUUGAACUGGUGAAAUCAAGUGCAUGGACAGGGUUUAAUGCCACGAGUGACACAGUCAGCAAAGAAGAGACGGACUAAACAGAGCAAUAAUUACCAGGUAGAAACAGUCCUCAGCUGAGAUUUUUAAGGUGCUAGGUUUUAUCGCAUGUGGGUGCUGUGAUGAGACAAACUCUUUGGAAAAAUUCAGCCACCACCAGAAAGAAAAGGCAUGUACCAUUUUGACCUACAAAUGGUUUGAGAAGUGUUCAGAAAACUGCCGUGCCAAGUCAUCAAAUGAAAUAAACAUGUCAUAUUUUGCCACUAUGACAUGCUAAAUGCUUGAUGGAAAUCUAACAUGGCAUGGAAAUAUGGAAAGGAGGUUGUAGAGAUGAAAGAGUCACCAUUCGAAACAUUAGGCAGGUGCCAACUAGCAAUGCUGACAUCAUCUUCCGACAUUAACACACCAUCCAGAAAUCAAAGAGCUCCUUCAGAGUUUGGGUCCGAAAAUGCAGGAACAAACCGUGGAACUUGAGUCAGACUCAGAUCGUGCUGCUAAAUCCCACCGUCCCAUCUCUGUAGGCAGCCAUGCAGCUCCCUUGUUUAUUCAUGCUUCUCUGCCACUCAUCCCUCACAGGCGUAGAUGUGACGGAACAUGCAUUAAAGUGUCUCCUAAGAUUGCUCCUCUUUUCUUCCAUACGGCUUUGUAUGGAGAACAGAGGCGAGGGGGCUUUGCAGUAGAUGUGCUAAAAGCCAAUCAACCUAUUCGGUGCCAUCUGUCUCCACUUCAAAUACAAAAAAAGGAGAAAGUUUCCUUGUUGAGUAUGUUUUAGAGCAGUAUUCUUUGAUAAGAAAAUGCAGUUUUUCAGAUGUCAUGUAAAAAGAAGUUGUGUUCACAGAGGAAAAAUAUUACAACUAUAUCUUCUGCUGCUGCUGUAACUAUAUUUUCAAAGCCACAGAUAUUUCUUGUGUUUUCGUCUCGAAUGCAUAAAAAAAACAUAACCACAUCAGGAAUCAACAACACUGAGCUCACAGACAAAAGCUUUCUUCCUUCUCUCUUUUUUUUCUUAAACUGCAUCCACAUUAAGCAACAGCUUACAGCUACAAUUGAAAACAUCAUUUUCUCCCUCGUUUUCGCCCUAUGUUUCAGACUAAUCAGGUUUGAAGCCUUUAAAAAAAGGGUCUCCAGGGUGGAUAAAUCUAAAAGCUUAGACAGUAUUGAGUGAAGUCUGUCAUCUACAAAGGGAUAGCUAUAAUCUUAAAAUGUAUGUGGACAAUUGACAUGCAUGGCUGCAAAGAUUCAUGUACGUUUGUCUGCACUCAUAGUCUGCAUAGUCUAACUUUAUGGACUAGAUGCAGAUGGUCCAUGCAGACCUCAGGGACCUCUGGAAUAUGGAAAGUAUAAUUUGGGCAUAACCCUCUCUGUGCUCUUUAAAAGUUAAUGGAGCUGAUCGCACAAUACAGGUGGUCUCAAUAAUUCAGUUUAUUUUGCCUGACAACUUUGUGAUCACUAAAAAAAGAAAAAAAUAUUUGGGAUACAACUAACGAGUGUUUGCAUUAUGAAUUACUUUUUAUUUUUCCAAUUAAUCCAUUGCUCCAGAAAAUAGUUAAAACUGCCCAUUAUAUUUUUUAAAAGCCCAGGUGACAAUUGUCUUCAGAGAUAUUCAGUUACCUAACAUCCAGCAAAGAUUCACAUUCAUGUUGGAACCUAUGAAUGUUUGGUAUUUUUGGUUUUAAACAUUAAGUCAGUUGUACAUUUUCUGUUGAUUAAUUAAUCAACUAAUUAUUGUCGUUUUACAUUUCACUGGCACAGUUGCAUAAGAAUGGAUGUUUUUUUAACAGGUAAUCUUGAUGCAAUCAAAUCACAAUUUUAUUCUUGUUCCAUUGUCUGACAACAUAAAGAGAGAGAGAGGAGUGCCGAUUAAAAGUAAAGAGAGAAAAUAAAAAAUGAGGACUACUAAGUGUUGAGUUGUAUGAAAACACUAUAAAUGGAAACGGAAAUUAGGAGGUCUGUGCCACUGUUUAGACAACUGUUCUGUUCACUGACCAAAAUAAGACACAAUUUCCCCUUGUACUAUUGUCCAUCUGCUUGCCGAGGACAAGGAUCUUAAUGAAAAUUACCUCAAGAGCUACUGUGGAUGCACAUUGUUUUUUUCACAUACAUUGUGUUUUCAGAGUGAUCUAUCUUAGUGUGGAUGUAUGCUUAUAUCUAUUUUCACUGUGGGACUCACCUUUAUGUGGAGACACCAGGAAUUAGUCCUGACCAGCUCUGAGCUCCUGUGUCACACACACACCUCCCUUUAUCCAUACAGCAGAGCUCAGCAAUUGGGCCUUGGCCAGACCUUUGAAUUGAAUACCGGCAUAAAGUCAUUCAGUCAGCACAAACUCCCCAGUUCACAGGCAGCACUCUGUCUUACCCCCACUCCCUGCUCUGAUUUUAAAACCGGGCCCCUAGAGGCCCCUCACAUCCCAGGGUAGAAUGCCUCUGUCCCCUUUUCCUGUGCUGGGGAAACAGCAGUUUAAGCCAAAUUGAGAUUAAGGCCAGGAUACAAUCGAUUCAACGUCCAAAUCACCUUUAACCUUCACCAACAGCAGCCACUCUGCUGUCUGUUUCAGCUUGUUUCAUCCACAUUUGUAAACUUCAGGUUGCUCAACUCUGGACAAGAAAAGUUUUGUUGUGGCUCUAUUUCAGCAAAAAAAAAACACACAAAAAAAACACAAAAUUCAAAAAGACAAAAAACAAAAACCUGCUGAUGUAGAAGGUUGGUUGGAAUCAGGAAUAGUAGAUAGAGUAUGAAGUUAUUUUUCAAAUCUUGUGGUUCAACAGUUGGAAAUUAGUUUCACCACUUUGGCAAGGUGGUGGAUAAUUCCAAAGAGUGCAGCACUGAUUGUGUCAGAAAGAGAGGCGAGAUUUGAGGGAAUCUUUGUACAUGUUCUAAUUGUAAAACUUGUACAUUUUAUUUAUAUUGUUUUUUACACAUAUUACUCAGUAGAGAGCUCUGAAUACAUUGAAAAUGCACUAUAUUUUUCUAUCUUGCAGAUGAAUUAUUGUCACCCACAAGAUUUCAGUUGUACAUAAUUUUUCAUUUAGGACCAAAGACAGCUGAUAGGAUUUCCAUCUUUACUUUGACUUUGUUUUGAUUUUGCCUUUUAGUUUGUUGUACAGUAAUACAAAUUGUCAAUUUAUUAUUUAUUUUUCUGUGAUGAAAGUAUUGAGAAUAUUUACUGGUCAAAAGUAUUUUCCCCAACAGCAGAACUGUAAGAUCAUUUAAUUAGACAAUUCUUGUUACAUAGACAAUUCUUUUUGCUUUGUAACCUUUGUAAUAGACUGUACAUAUAUUUUUGGAAAUAUAAUACAAUCUCUAUAGAA